AUGAGUCAGCAGCAGUCUCGCGGUAAACAACCGAACGCGCCAAGCGCUACCGCGACGACGGCUGAUAACGAUGACGAAGUCGACCUUUACUCGGGAAUCGAGUUCCCGCAAGCGCUCGCCCCAGCGAAACAGAAGGUGCAGCCUCUCCGAGCCGCUCCGUCGAAAGGUAGCAGCGCUUCAGAGCGUGACAGAGUCGAAGCGCAUGCACCUUCGGACAAGCGUGGUGCUGACCGACUCGAACAGGCAGAGCGCAACGCGAACGAGACCUCCAGAGUUCGUGCAGCGCCCGACCCUAGCAUCAGCGAUGAUCUCCACGACUCAGACGAAGAGGACGACGCCGAAGAAGAGGAUCAAGAAUCAUCGGACGACGACGUGGAUAUCAUUUUGGGCAGUUCGCAACCCGCGAUUGGCGAGCAGGCAGCCAAGUUUGCUGCAUCAUGGAAUGAAGUCGCGAAGGAAGGGCGUGGUGUUGCCGAGCAGGGCGGCACUGCCGCAGGUCUCGGCAUGAUGAACGCCGAGGCCUCGCUUCAAUCGUCAGCGUUGCUUCAGAGCAUGUUGCCACAACCAACCAUGGCAAAUGUUGUUCCCGGCAAACAGAGAAGUCUCUACGAAGUUGAGCUAGAGCAGUUGGAUGAAAAGCCCUGGCGGGAGCCCGGCGCUGUACUCUCUGACUACUUUAAUUACGGGUUUACAGAGGAGACCUGGAAAAUAUAUUGUCAACACCAGGCUGCAAUGCGCCAGGAGACAAGCGUCCUGCACCGUCAGGUUACAAUGAACCAGGCGACGGCAUCACGGGAACGCGACAAGCCGACGCGUCCCGGCCAGGCUGGUGCCGGCUCUGCAGCGAUAAGCGCGGGGAACGCUCGCGAAAGGCCACCGCGACGAGCGGUGGAAGAGGAAAAGCCCAAACGAGACGUCGAGUCUACCGCCAAGAGCACCGGGAAAGGUCCUGGGACUGCGUGGAAGGUGGCUGGUUCGAGUCCAUCCCUGCUGCCGAGUAAGAACGUCUUGGAGCGUCUCGCUCAGGUGCGCCAACAAAUCAUGAGCCAGAACACCGGAGCCCAGACUCCAGAAUCCAGUUCAAAAACGAUGCACCGUCAUGAAACAACCAGCUCUGAGGCAAACUCCGGAGAAGCAGAUCGCGCUGAGCCGACUCAAGCCACGGCAUCCGAUGAUCGCACUCGAAAGCGGAAACGGGUGAAUGAGGAACCAGCACCGAGCAUCGCGGACAGGUCCCGCUGA